UUAUUACUUUCAAACUCUCUCCCUUUUCCCUCUCUCCUUCUCUCUCUCUCCCUCCCUCUCUCGCUAUGCCCGUGUCGUCGAUCCUCGCCGCACGUUCACGUGUCCAACUCGCCUCUGCCUUUCUUCUCCUCUCCUCCCUUGCCCCACAUGGCCCACAAGCCUUCUUUCAUUCCUGCUCCGCUCACGGAGAUCCCGUCAAUCUCGUCCGUCCUUUCCCCGCGGGCCACUCCAUGGUCCUGCCCCUCUUCCUCUCCUCACCCAAUUCCUCCCGCCAAUCCCUUGAUGGGUCCCAUCGUCGACACCUCCAGAAAGAGGACCGUUGGAUUACCCCCAAUGCCCGCAUGGCGCUCUACGACGAUCUUCUCACCAACGGGUACUACACCACUCGGCUCAGGAUCGGGACACCACCUCAGAAAUUCGCCCUCAUUGUUGAUACCGGGAGCAGCGUCACGUAUGUUCCAUGCUCGACGUGCGAAGUGUGUGGCGAUCAUCAGGAUGCAAAGUUCCAGCCUGAUUUGUCAAGCACUUACCAACCAGUAAAAUGCCAUUUGAAUUGUACUUGUGAUGAGAAAAAUACACAGUGUGUUUAUGAGAGGCAGUAUGCAGAAAUGAGCUCUAGCAGUGGGGUUCUUGGUGAGGACGUUGUCUCUUUUGGUGAUGAGAGCAUGCUUGAGCCCCAACGUGCCGUUUUCGGUUGCGAAAAUUUGGAAACUGGCGAUCUUUUUAACCAACGUGCUGAUGGCAUAAUGGGUCUUGGCCGUGGUGAGCUCAGUAUAAUGGAUCAAUUGGUUGACAAGGGAGUAAUCAGUGAUUCAUUUUCUUUAUGUUAUGGUGGGAUGGACAUGGGUGGUGGUGCAAUGGUUCUCGGUGGAAUUUCUCCUCCUGGUGAUAUGGUCUUUUCUCAUUCUGAUCCAGUCCGCAGUCCAUAUUACAAUAUUGAGCUGAAGGAAAUCCAUGUGGCCGGAAAGCCGUUGCAAUUGAAUCCAAGGGUCUUUGAUAGCAAGUAUGGAACUGUCCUGGAUAGUGGUACUACAUAUGCAUACCUACCCGAAGCUGCGUUUGUAGAGUUCAGGGAUUCUAUUGUGGAGAAGCUCCAUCCCCUUAGACAGAUCCAUGGUCCAGAUCCAAAUUAUAAUGAUAUCUGCUUUUCUGGUGCUGGAAGUGAUGUCUCCCAACUCCCAAAGUUCUUUCCAGAGGUCGAACUGGCUUUUGGCAGCGGACAGAAAUUGUCACUAGCUCCUGAAAACUACUUAUUCCGGCAUUCAAAGGUUCAUGGAGGAUACUGCCUCGGAAUUUUUCAGAAUGAAAAUGAUCAAACGACUCUUUUGGGAGGAAUUAUUGUUCGCAAUACACUUGUAACUUAUGAUCGUGAGAAUCAAAGGAUUGGAUUCUGGAAAACUAACUGUUCAGAACUAUGGGAUAGAUUGCAUUCCCCUGGAACUCCUUCACCAGCACCUUCAGCUUCCUACAGUGGCAACAAAACGAUAGGAAUGUCACCUACCUGGUCCCCGAGUGGACUACCAAACAAAAUAAUUCCAGGAAAACUCCAAGUUGGGCUCAUCAUAUUUGAUUUGUUUUUGAGUCUAAAGUACCCAGACCUGGUGCCUCGUGUCACAGAAUUGGAACAAUACAUUGCACGCGAGUUAGAGGUUAACACGUCUCAGGUUCAUUUAUUGAAUGUUACUAGCAAAGGAAAUGGUUCCCUCAUGACAUGGGCUAUAUUGCCACCGGGUUCUGAUGAUUACAUUUCUGGUGCUGCAGCAACGAGAAUAAUCUUACGCUUAACUGAUGACCGUUUGAGCCUUCCUUAUACAUUUGGAAGUUACAAGUUAGUCAAAUGGAAAGUUGAACCACCCUUAAAAAGAAAUAUCUUGGUGUUGCAAUGGAUAAAGGUGCCUGCCAGACAUGGUAGUCUUGAGAAGUCAGAUAUGCCAACACAUCUGCACAAGUACUUUUUAAAUGACGUGGUGGCAACAACGCUUCUUGGCGCUGGUUGUGGGAGCUAUUCUUGCCAUUAUUUGCAGUUUUUCAACUUUUCUAUCCUGGUAUAUCUGGAGACACAGAAAACAUCCACUUGGGACAUACAAGCCCGUAAAUGCCGUAAUGCCUGAGCAAGAGCUCCAGCCACUGUAGCUUCGUCAGUCAUGUUGGCCUAACCGCGAAGUAUUCCUCCAUUACAUUGAUUAUUCUUUAUCAGACAACCAUGUCCACCUGUCGUGACAAAAAUCUCCAAAAAUCAAUGAGAACCAAACCAUUCAGUGAGAAGCUCCCCAGUUGAAUGCAGCAUUCUGAUGCCUCUCCAUAGUUAUUUUACAGAUUUUGCAUGGGAUGGAAGUGGUGGGAAAUAACAUGCUUUUGCAUGUCAAAGAACAGGUAAAUGUAUGGCACUGCAGAUCAAUCGAUGGAAAGAAGGCCAGAUGAGUCAAUGACCACUUCAUCCUCCCCUUGUUUGGUCUGCCAGUUUCCUCGUCUUCUUGUUAUUAUUGGCAAAAUUCUUAAGAUACUGGUAUCCAAUGCUUUGGGUGAUUUCCUUGACAAUUUAGAACACUCACAUGACAAUUUGGCAAUGUUUUGUGAUAACGUUGUGUUAGCGGCAGGCUAAUCCAAUAGUAUAGUUGGCAAGAAGAUGCUGAUGAUUUUUUCUUUCU